AAACAGACAACAAAAAGCCUAUAUAGCCACACAAGGUCCCCUGGCAGAGACAACGGAAGACUUCUGGAGAAUGCUAUGGGAACACAACUCAACCAUUGUUGUAAUGCUAACAAAGCUCAGAGAAAUGGGCAGAGAAAAGUGCCAUCAGUAUUGGCCCGCAGAACGGUCUGCUCGGUAUCAGUACUUUGUGGUGGAUCCAAUGGCAGAAUAUAACAUGCCUCAAUACAUCCUCCGAGAAUUUAAAGUAACAGAUGCUCGGGAUGGCCAGUCACGGACAGUAAGACAGUUCCAGUUCACUGACUGGCCAGAACAAGGAGUGCCAAAGUCCGGAGAAGGGUUUAUCGACUUCAUAGGACAAGUGCAUAAAACAAAAGAACAGUUUGGUCAAGAUGGGCCAAUAUCUGUCCAUUGCAGUGCUGGUGUAGGAAGGACUGGAGUAUUCAUAACUCUGAGUAUUGUAUUGGAAAGGAUGAGAUAUGAAGGUGUUGUAGAUAUCUUCCAGACUGUCAAAAUGCUGAGAACACAGCGACCUGCAAUGGUACAGACAGAGGACCAGUAUCAGUUCUGCUAUCGAGCAGGGCUUGAGUAUUUGGGCAGCUUUGAUCACUAUGCAACGUAG